GGAACGGAAGAGCCCGUGCGCUACACUGGCAUCAUCAUCACAUUCAGCGCAGCGGCAGAGAGGUAGGAGCGGCAGCGUUGGGAGCCUAUUUUGAGAGCCGAGACUCUCAUCUCCAGUGACUCCUCUAGAUUCUACAUGUAAACACGGAUCAUCGGGGAAUUAUAGAAGCCACAACGCGACAUCAGACAGCAGCAUAACUCCCUGGCGAGUCUCCCAGUCAGCGGAAACCUGCAACAAUGUCUUCGUCUGUUAGCGAGACAGAGGAGGUGCGAGUCUCGGCGGCGCUGACGCCUUUGAAGUUGGUGGGACUCGUGUGCGUGUUCCUGGCGCUGUGCUUGGACGUCGGAGCCGUGAUGAGCCCGGCAUGGGUAACCGCCGACGACCAGUACUACCUCUCACUGUGGGAGGCGUGCUGGAAAGCGGCUUCGUCUGAGAACUGGCAGUGCAACAGCACGCUGGAGUCAGACUGGCAGAUCGCCACCCUGGCCUUGUUGCUAGGCGGAGCUGCCCUUGUCCUGCUGUCCUUCCUGGUGGUCCUGGUGUCAGUGUGUAUCGGCUCCCGGAGACGCUUCUACAGACCUGUCGCUGUCAUGCUAUUCGCUGCAGUGGUGUUGCAGGGCUGCAGUCUGGUCCUCUACCCCAUCAAGUUCAUUGAGACCAUCAGCUUGAGGAUAUACCAUGAAUUCAACUGGGGUUACGGCCUGGCCUGGGGCGCUACCAUCUUCUCCUUCGGCGGGGGGAUCCUCUACUGCCUCAACCCUAAGAACUAUGAAGACUACUACUGACCCUGCUGGACUGUACCACUGUGACCCCCCCCUCUGUAGCCGCUGGCUGUAAUACAUAUCCUAUACUGUAUAAUGCUAAUGCAUGCUAGAGAGACAGGUAGACACAGAGAGACUGAGAGAGACACACACACACGCACACUUCAGCAUACAGUAUUUCCUGUGGAAGCAGGCAGCGGCUCUGUGUUGGGGUGGAUGGAUGAUGUCACAGUACGUAGUACCCUCCUCUGUACUCCCUCUUCAGUCAGAGACUAACAGAUAACAGACUGACCAAUCAGAUCACUCUAUCUGUCCUCUAACCCUGGGACAAGGGACUCACUGAAGCACUGUUACCCACCAAGUAUUACUUGCAAGGGAUAAGGAGGAGGCUAGCCUCGGCAAACCCAGAAGGUAGGUAAGUAGUCUGUCCCCGAGAGAUUAGGAUGAUGCUGACUGGAAAACAGACCUUGUCUUCUCACUGGUAGGCAGAGACAGACUGGGAUGACCAACACUGGUAGCAUGAGGAAGAGAUCCAAUGGCCCACAGGACACCACUGUGGUCUACAGUAUUUCUCCAUGGAGGAAAGAAGCAGUGCACUCUACCACUUGCUACAUUUGGGGUCAAUUUCAUUUAAAUUCCAGUCAAUUCAGGAAGUACAAUUCCAAUUCUCUUCAAAUACUAUUCAAUCAGGAAUUGGAAUUUGGUUUACUUUCUGAAUUGAUUGGAAUUGAAAUGGAAUUGACCCCAACCCUGGUGAAGACGAGGUUUGCUCCGUCCCAAUCCUCCAAAACAGGGGGUUUCCUUCCUGUCUUCAUAGCCAGUGAGGAGCACAGAGACAGACAGGGAGCCGUUGAAGACCGUUUAGGACAUAGCCCAGUAAUGUGGUACUUGUCUGUAGCUUAUGUGGUCUGUCUUAUCACAGCUUUGUAAGGUUUUUGCUAUGUAGAAAUGUUACGUGGUCUAGAAGAGGAGACAUACAGUUAGCUUAGUUUCUGUCUGGUAACACAUUUAGUUGUCCAACAAUAAUCCAAUGAAAUGUAACCACACAAAUAAAAUCUUAUUAUUUGAAGGGACAUCCCACAGUA